CUAAACUAAACACAACUGUUUAUGUAUCAGGACUAGCAAAGUACUUGAAAAGGCCAUUCCUUUGUUCUUUAUAUCUUGUUCACAACCUUCCAAUCUUAUUGAAAAAAAAGGAGGUCAUGGUUGGAUUAUCAUUAAAAGUGGUGUUUUCUGUUGUAUGUAUCAUAGAUCAGUUGUUGAUGAACUUUGUUAGUUGUGGAUGUUCAUGGUGUCCACCUGUUAAGAGAGAGCAAGACCGGAAAUUCGAGCAGAAAAGUGAUAAAUUCUGGGAGUUUGAAGAAGGGAGUAAUAGAUGGGUGGAAGUUAGUUUGCCUUUUGAUCUAGUAUCUUGCAUCAAUGAGAGUUGCACUAAGGUUGGAUCAAUUGAAAGUAAGAAUAAGCAUAAGAAUCAUCGGUACGAGCAUGAACCUGGUUUGCUUGUGAGGAAGAGAGUUUCUCUGACUUUGAUGACAGAAUCAUCGGUAUGGAUUACCGGACAAAGUGGGUCGAUAUUUGAGAGGUUCUGGAAUGGAGUGCAGUGGGUGAUUGCUCCCCAUGAACUACCUACUUCAGCUGGUCAUGCCGUUUCGGUCUUCAUUAUUAAUCAGACUAUUCUUUCUCUUUCAGAAGCUGGUCUGCUUUAUCAGCUGCAACUGAAUGAACAUACUCAGCCAAUUUGGACUAAACUCGAAUUAAUCUCUGAGGCAAAUAUGGAUGAUGCAAGAAAAGAAGAAAGUCCAUUUGUGCAGAUCAAAUCAGGACUAGUAUCUCAUGAUGGAGAAAGAUUGUAUGUCACAACAACUGACAAAACAUUGUUAGAAGUUAGUGAAGUGCAACCUCUGAGGUGGUAUAAUCACGGGAGGCCACUGGGCGGAGAUGUUUCAGCAGUGGCUGAUGCUGGCGCUGUUCGACCAGGUGUUGUGUUCAUCAUCAGUUCUAAUGGAGAUCUUUAUGAAUUUGACAAGAAAUCAAAGCCGUCAUGGAAAAAACACAUAUGGAGUGAAGAGUUGGCUGAAGAAAUUUCCUUGAUAGCAUUACCUGGUUCUACAUUACAUGGCUUGGUUGGAGCACAUUCAGUAUCGCUUUUCCUAUUGACAAAGGAUGGAUUGCUAAUUGAGAGGUGCUUACACAAAAGGAAAUGGAAGUGGAGAGUCCAUGGAGCCCCUGAAGGUCACCACCUGAGCUCAAUCACAGCAGUUGAACAAAAUGAACAAAAUGAGAAGCAUUCCUCAUUGUUCCUUACUACAACCACGGGGCUUCUUUUCGAGUAUCAGCUUCCUAAACAUUCAGCUCACUUCCAGGGGAACAGGAUAGAUGGGUUAUGGGUGAAUCACAUGCAUCCACACCAUGCAAAAGUUGCAAGAGGUAUCAGAGGAGUUCAGAUGCAACUGGGGAGAAUGAUAUUUGCAUUGGAUGAUGGUCGAAUUGGGGAGCUACAUUUUACUGGUAUCGGUGGUGAAAGUCAUGGACCGAAUCAACAAUCUAGCUUAAGAAGAAAAGCAUCAAAUCAGUAUGAAUGGUCAGUCCUAGAAGUCCCUGAAACAGAAGGAUGGAAUGCAGAAUACUGCACUGACGAACGUGGCUCUUCGAAUUGCAUUCUAGGAAUUAAGGAAAUGCCCGCAGAUGAUGACCCAAAUGACUCAAGCAGUACUAUACCAGCCAAAAGACGAAAAGCACAAGAGAAACAAGAUUAUAUAUCAUUGAGCAAUCAUGAGGGCAGCAGCGCAACCGAAUCUACUAAUUUACUAACAAAAAGCAUCAAAACUAAUUUUCGCAUGCGAGCAAUGCAUGUAGAUAGAUCCUUUUUCAUAAUAACUGAAAGUGGGCAGACUUUUGAAUACCUUUAUGCUGAUCAUGUCUGGUUGUGGUUGAAGCAUGAGCACUCAACAGAAAUGAAAGGCGCGUUAGGAAGCUAUAACGGAAGUCUAUUUUUUGUCGACACACAUGGUAGCCUGCUUAUGAGAGAAAGAGAUGGAAAUGAGUUAUCAUGGAUUAACUGCACUGCAAUGAGAAAAGGAAGACAAGUAGCAACAGGACCACCAUGGGAUGGCACACCUGGUGGAAUGCGCCGAGUUACAGCAGAAGAUGCACUCUUCCUUGUAAACAAGAAAGGAAGACUAAUUCAGUUCACGGUUGCGCUAAGGAAUUUCAAGUGGAAGGACUGCGGCCAUCCACCAGAUACUAAGGUUGCAUACAUAAUAGACCAAGAGGUCUUAAGGAUGCAUAUAGUGUUUGUCAUCGGGAGGAAUGGCCGUAUUUAUCAGUAUAACAAAUUAACUGAGCUAUGGCAUGGACACUAUCAAUCACCUCAUUUGGUCCUUUCCAGAACACCUGGAACAGCAAUGAGACCAUCCCACACAUCACUAAUUGGCUCCCUGUUCAUGAUAUCAGAAAAUGGUGGACUAGUGGAGUACCAAUGGAGUUCAGUAGAUGGAUGGGAAUGGGUUGAACAUGGGACUCCAUCCAAAGACGUGAUACUUGUCGGUGCACCCGGUCCAUGCUUUGACAACACGCAACUUUUCAUGAUAGGAUCAGAUGGCCAGGUCUAUAGGAGACACCUAGAUCAGAAGGCAUGGCAAUGGACAGGCCAUGAUCAUCCACAAAUACAAAAUGCAGAACAAGGAGGAAUGGCAAGGACCAAAGACGAUGAGCAAUGCAGUGUCGAAGAUAAAGCUCAUCGCACAAAUGAUUUCAAUGGUAAUUGCAAUGAAAAGGUAGCACCUACAAGACCAAUACCACUCUCUGAAGAUGCAGUAAUUUUUGAACUUCAAGAUGGCAGGCUAGCGGAGCUGCGAAGGCCAAAUGCGGCAGAGGAAUGGGAGUGGGUACGGAUAAUUGGGACACCAACAAGCCAAUGCUUAAGAAACUACUGGACAGCAGUUGCAUCUUGAUAUAGUCAAAAUAAUCAAACAAAAAGGACACAAUGUACAUCAAAAAAAUUACAAGAAAGGUUCCAAUGUUAACCACCAAACUAUCAAAAAAUAAAUUUUGUUUCCAAUGUAAAUUGAUAGGAAAAUAUCUUCUAAUGUAAAUUACUUGCAGUUCAAACCACAAAAACAAAGACCAGAAAAGGAAAUUUGGAAAACUUGGGACAGUGCU